AUGUGGCAACGCACAGUUUUAAACGUGGAGUGUCCGCAUGGCAAGUUGCCAAAUAUCAUCAACUGUCCCAAGGAGCUGCUCCUGGCGAACAACGGAUUCACCGCCGAUCUUCCCAGCAUGGACUCGUGCGCGGGCGUGGUGGAGCGCAUGGACCUGUCGUACAACCAGCUGUCGGGCGCCAUCCCCACCAUCGUUGCGGAAUUCUCGUUCCUCACCCACCUCUCUCUCUCGCACAACGCCCUGAACGACACCAUUUCCGAGGGAAUCGCGGAUCUGCGCAGCCUGCGCGUGCUGGACCUCUCGUGGAACAAGUUGCAAGGGUCCAUUCCCGCCGCGCUUGGGCUGUCAGAAGCUCUUCAAGAGGUGUACCUUGCGGGGAAUCAGCUGGAUGGGACCAUUCCCAACACCAUGACGACUUACCCUGACUCUUCGUUCCUGCCCGGGAAUAAAUUGCUGUGUGGUGAACCUGUGAAGCAGUGCGAGGAUGCACCCAUGGAGAAAUAG